AUGAACUGGGGGUGGGGAAGGAAGCAAAGACUGACAGAUAAUUGGUAAAUAAGUGUGAGGCCGGGACAGUUGUACGGUGCUCAGCUGGGCCCAGCCAAACCCAGUGAGAUGGAUAACAACAGCCGGGGCACAGUUAUACAUCGGGGAACGAGGAAGCCAGGCCGUACCGCAGCACGGCGGGGGACUGAAUCCUGGAUAGCGGCGACUGGAAAGGACUUAGGGGGCAUGGUGGGCAAACAAUUCCACCCGCGUGCCCAGCGCGCUGCUGGGAGAAAAGGGCCAAUGUGAUCCUCGGAUGGAGAAAUGGGUGGAGUGAGAGGAGCAGGGUGGAGAGUUUACACAGCGCUGAUCAGAUGGAUACUGGCUACUGCGUCCAGCUCCGCUGUCCAGGUUAUCAAGAGGAGGCUGAAAAGUUGGCAAAGAGGCAGAAAAAAAGCCCCAGUGAUUCAGGAUUCGAGGGCUGGAGGAAAUGUCUUUACCAUGAGGGACUCAAUGUGUUUCGCUUCUCAAAAAUCAAACUGACUUUGCUUCCAGUGUCUACGUAGCUUCAAGGGGAGAAAAUACCAGGGGGGGAGCUGAUUCUUGGGAAACCUUCUCGCAAACAGCCUCCAACCAGUGACGUUACCCGGGAUCCCCAUGAGACACGGCGCUUUCCACGUCAAUCCAGCUUCACAGAGGGAUGGUUAAUGACCAGGAAGUAACCUACUGUGGGGGGCGAUUAUCCCACGGCUGCCACCGCAGGUUCUCAUGCCAGGAUGCUGCCGCUGCAGGAGACAAGACGGGCCUUGGUUCCGGUCCAGCCUGGUGCUGCCUAAGGAUCUCUGCCCGUUGAAGACGGGCGGCGCUCAGAGAGAUCGUGUGUCGCGGAGCCACGUGUGGGGCAGCAUCUGGUGCUCAGUGGGGCCGAUGUUUCCCUGACCCUCGUGGGACACUGCCCCAGCUUGUCCCUCGCCUGGCCUGGAGCUUCGCAGCAAGAUGACCUCCAAUCACAGCAGCAACAGCAGCUCGGCGGACCCGGUCUUCGUGGGGCUGUACGCCCUCAUCUUCACGCUGGGGCUGGUGCUCAACCUGGCCGCGCUCUACAUCUUCUUCCGCUGCAGCAGCGUCCGCUCCUUCACCACCGUCUACAUGAAGAACCUGGCCGUCUCCGACCUGCUGCUGGUGGUGUCGCUGCCCGUCCGGAUCUAUUACUAUAGCGGGCGGCCCAGGCUGGGACUCCAGGUCUGCGAGAUCACGGGGCUGCUGCUGCUGGUCAACAUGUACGGGAGCAUCUUCCUGCUGACCUGCAUCAGCGGGGACCGCUGCAUGGCCGUCUGCUUCCCCCUGCACCCCCGGGUCAAGGCGCUGCGCAAACAGGCCAAGUACAUCUGCCUGGGCGUCUGGCUGCUGAGCUGCGCCGGCACCGUCCCCACCUACUUCACCCAGCGCGGGAAAGAGCCGCUGUGGGACCACUGCUUCGACAACAAGCCCAAGUACGUCACCCAGCCCGUCGUGUCCUCGGCCAUGGCUCUGUGCUUCGUCCUGCCGCUGCUGGUCAUGGUGGUCUGCUCCUGGGCCCUGCUCCGAGCCAUCCAGCGCAGCGCGGCCGCCCAGAUGGAGCUGGUGAACAGCGCCAAGAUCCGCAGCAUGAUUGUGGCCAACGUCACCAUCUUCCUGGGCUGCUUUCUGCCUUUCCACCUGGUGCUGAUCUGCUACCAGGUGGAUGCCCUGCAGGGCAACAUGCUGGACUUUUCCUACCGCUGCACCUUGCUGGUGGCCUCCGCCAACGCGGCCCUGGACCCGCUGGCCUAUUACUUCGCCACCGAGACCUUCCAGCGCAUGGUGGUGAUGGACAAUCUGCGCAAGGCCUGGGGCUUCCACACUGACAGCGCCGAGGGGCAGAGCCGCUCCCAGACUGCACUUGGGCAAUGCAUCUACCUGCAGAAUACCAUGUCUUUGCCUAACAGCACCCCACUGGUGGGCAGCCCCAACAGGGAGCCCAGAAGCUAACUGGCCAUGGGGCUGGGCUCCCCCGGGCAGGGCACAGGGCAGUGGGACAUGCAUGAGCAGAGCUGGGAGCGAGGGAGGUGUCCAGUUUGGUAUUUGGGCAUCCCAGGCUGGGUUUGUGCUGGGACAGGGGUGUCGCUGGCUCGGGUUACG